UCCAAGAUCGGAUUGAGGAAUUAUCAAACAUGUUUCGAAAAGCAGAUGCCAUCGGAGUGGGAACAAUGGUGUCGGAAACAGGUGGCUUCUCUGAGUACUCAGAUGCCCACAAAAAUUACUACGAGUCUGUGCUUGAAUGUGAGGAACAAGCCUUGAAAGCGUUUUCAGGAA